AUGAUGGCAGGCCUGGAAGAACUUCUAGCCAAGCUCGAGCUCUGCGCGGCCCGCCAUCGCGCGACCCACAACCAGCCAGAGUCGACAUCGAAGGAUUCAUCAGCAUCAGCCACCAUUGAAGACGCUCCUGCUAUUGUGGAAUUUGCUCCUGCCUCCGUGGAAAUCAGUUCAAUCGACGCAGCUUCUCAAUUGGAUCCUCAACCAACCAUCAUCGAUGCGGCUUCAUCACCACCGGUAGCAAAAAUCACCGCCGUACCUACCCAACCUGCUCUUGAAGAUGAAGGUCCAUAUGCUGAGAUCGAAGACGAGCAUCAACCUCGGACGCCCACCAUAAUACUCGACUCAGCCUCGCCAUUCAACACUAAAGAUGAACCAUCGCCAAAACCGCAGCGAUCCAAAUCGGUCGUUACCAUCAUCCCAACUGCGCUCGUGUCUAUGCAGAUGACACAUAUCUCCACAACUGCUGCUCUCAUUGCAGAGCUGGAGAAUCGGGCAGAAAAGCUAGCUGAACUGCUGCCAUUGAUAGACAACGACCUCGGGGUGGAAACGACUACUGUGAUAUCAUCGUCCAAGACAAACCCACCGGCGACCAGGGCUGCCGCCGCACCGCCAUGGACGCUAGAGCCAAAGGAGGAGGUGAAGGAGAAGGGCGGUGACUUUUCCUCUUCUCGUGCUAUCCGAGAACCCAGUGGAGGAAUACGGUCACCAAUCGCGAUGGGAGAAGAGGCGUCGCGGGCAGCUCCAGUCGCGGCGACGAAGGCCAAACGGGCAGAGCCGGGGAACGACGAGCCAGAAACGAGAAUAAGGCUGCUGGCGGCGUCGGCUGCACCAACAAAUGGCGAGGAGAGGAAGAUGAUGGAGAUGUCUGGUUGGCCUCCGGAUCGUCGGACAGGAGGUUUCCCGCCACGAAAGGACGAUUAUGAGGAGGAGGUGAAGUCGUGGCUGAAGAAAAUAGCGGGAUUUGGCUCGCCUUUUAAUCACUGGGAGGAUCACUGGCUGCCGAAGAAGGAAGCAGCGCCGGAGAUGGAGAAAACGACCGACGCGACGGGUUUUGGCGAGCGAUUGAAGAUGAUUUCAGUGGUGGCUUCCUUGGUGGUGACGAAAGGCGAGAUGAUGGAUUCAAUUGGACCUUCCUGUUAG